AUAUGCCUCUCUUUCAAGGCAUUUUAUCAAACCAGUUUUUAGAGCAGCCAGACAUAAAAAAAUCCAGACAACGUUGAUAUGCGCAUCAUUCAAAUGUUAUACUACAGUGUAAUUUUGUAAACGGUGCUUUGAGUCAACUCCGUUACGCAUUUUGUUAUAAUUGAAAAGACGCAGCUGUCAACCAUGACCCUGUGGAUUCUUACCAUUACAAACUUGCUACCAACAAAUAAAUAAAAAGCAGUCUUCCUUGCUCAUCUAGCAGCCACUUCAUCCUCAUCUUUAUGUAAUGAAGAUUGUAUUAUUGUCAAAGCGGACGCCCUUGGCUCGCUCAAGAUGGAGAACAAGUUUCCGUGAUGCGAGGGGAGAAACGUCGGUGACAAAGUGAGCGCGUGCAACAAGCAUUCGUGUAAACAAGUGACAAGACAGUAUCGAUACGAAAUUGUAUCACGCACAAGAAACUCAAAGACUUAAAUUUCACAAAGGACAGCAGGUGAUGGGACUCACGUGGCAACUGACGCCUGCAGACCGGCAAUCCGUUCUACUCAAUUUCUAUUAUCAAGGAUGCUGGAAAAGGUACAGUGACGCCUGAAAUGCGGCAACCAGUUGUACUAGCCUCGUAAUCUCAGCGUCGUCGGUAAAAGAUUUUCGUGACCCUGCCGCAAGGCCAGAAAGUGCUGCCACCUAUCUAAAGGAAAACAAAAUUGUAAUAGUAGUACGCCAUUGAUCCGUACUGUCAGAGAAACAGCUGAUUAGUGAUUCACGUGGGAGAGAUCAGCUGUGAACGAUCAUGGAGGAGUUAACCGACGAGGAUUUCGCAAUACCGCCAGUCAAAUACGAAUAUCUGGAUCACACCGCGGACGUGCAGUUGCACGCCUGGGGAGAUAGUUUGGAGGAGGCGUUUGAACAAUGUGCCAUAGCCAUGUUUGGAUACAUGACGGAUUUGGAACGCGUCGACAUGUUGCAAGUGCAUGAAAUUGAAGCCGAAGGACACGAUUUGCAGAGUCUACUCUUUCACUUUCUGGACGAGUUGCUCUUCAUGUUCUGUGCAGAGCCCUUCAUUGUCGCCAGGAAAGUGAAGAUCAAGGAAUUCGACCGGGAGAACUACAGGAUAAAAGCAAUAGCCGUAGGCGAGGAGUUCUCGAUUGGGAAGCAUUCCCAGGGUGCGGAAGUGAAGGCGAUCACGUACUCGGCGAUGCAGAUUCUCGACAAGCCGGAAGUGGACCGACCUGAGGUCUUCGUGAUAGUAGAUAUAUGAGCAUCGGAUGAUGGUGGUGGAAGAAGAGGAGGAGGAUGGGAUCCAUGACUUCUGCAAAGGCUUGAUUCGGCUUUCUUGACUUUGGACUUUUGACAUGGCGUCGCUUGGGAAACGCUUUUACAAAUUAAACCGAUGGGAUAACUUGGGUGGCACUUGGGACAGGCCAAAGGAGGAGACAGUGUGCCUCCCCUAUGUCGUAGGGCACAGGCCUUUUGUAGUUGCGUAGGGUUCAAAUAAAUACGUUACGAAAGAAA